GGUUAGGGGGAAAGGCCCUGAAGUCCGACUAGGGGCCGAGCUCCCUCUCACUUCGCUUUUGCAGUUCUCAGGCUAGGGGAAGCAAAGUUUUGUGUAGAAGGGCGGAGGUGUCUGAACUUGGCGCUGUUGUGUCAUCAGGCAUCUGGAGAAGUUGCAUGGUUGCCGGUCAACUCGGGCAUUGUGCUUGGUUGUGUUUCUUUUUCUUCGUUUGGCCUCUUGAGUGAGCAGCUAUCUUUUGCUUGUGGGAGGAGCCUUCAAGGUCUCAAGAACUAAGUUUUGAACUUGUUGUCGUCCUGGACCGGGCUUCUAAGGGCUAUACAAACCUGAAGGAAGCUCAGCGUCAUCAUUUUCUGAAUGCAAAUACUGGAAUAUUUAAUUUCAUCGUUGUGGUGGAGGAUUAAAAAAAUUCUCAGUGAAAGAAUCUGAUAUUUAUCCUUACAGUGUGUACCUGCUGUUUAGUGAUUGAGUCAUGGAAAACCAGUUGGCUAAAUCAACUGAAGAGCGAACAUUUCAGUACCAGGAUUCUCUGCCAUCACUGCCUGUUCCUUCACUUGAAGAAUCAUUAAACAAAUACCUUGCAGCAGUGAAGCCGUUUGCAAAUAAAGAAGAAUACAAGAGAACUGAAGAAAUUGUCCAAAAUUUUAAAAAAGGCAUUGGAGAAAAAUUACACCAGAAAUUACUUGAAAGGGCAAAAGGAAAAAGAAAUUGGCUAGAAGAAUGGUGGCUGAAUGUUGCCUACUUGGAUGUGCGAAUCCCAUCACAACUAAAUGUCAACUUUGCCGGUCCUUCAGCUCAUACUGAACACUACUGGCCUCCAAAGGAAAACACUCAACUGGAAAGAGGGAGUCUAGUUCUUUGGUUUAACUUGAGUUACUGGCAGCUAUUAAGAAAAGAAAAAAUACCUGUUCAUAAAGUUGGAAAUACUCCUCUAGAUAUGAAUCAGUUCAGAAUGCUGUUUUCCACCUGCAAGGUUCCAGGAAUAACUAGAGAUUCAAUUAAGAAUUAUUUUAAGACUGAGAGUGAAGGACACUCCUCAAGUCACAUUGCAGUUCUGUGUCGAGGCCGAAUUUUUGUAUUUGAUAUGCUUCACGAAGGAAGUUUGAUCACCCCACCAGAGAUUCUCAGGCAGUUGACAUAUAUCCACAAGAAGUGCCACAGUGAACCUGAUGGACCUGGAGUAGCAGCAUUAACUAGUGAGGAGCGAACUCAAUGGGCUAAGGCACGAGAUCAUUUGAUUAAUCUUGAUCAAGAAAAUUUAACUAUAUUAGAAAAGAUUCAGAGCAGUUUACUGGUAUAUUCUUUGGAAGAUGGCAGUCCACAUGUAACUCCAGAAGAUUAUUCUCAGGUAACUACAAUGACCCUUACUGGAGAUCCAACAGUACGCUGGGGAGACAAAUCCUAUAACUUAGUUUCUUUUUCUAAUGGAGUAUUUGGUUGUAAUUGUGAUCAUGCUCCUUUUGAUGCAAUGGUUAUGGUAAACAUCAGCCAUUAUGUUGAUCAGAGGGUUCUUGAGCAUGAAGGAAGAUGGAAGGGUUCAGAAAAAGUACGGAACAUUCCACUUCCCGAGGAGCUUGUUUUUACAGUGGAUGAGAAAAUAUUGAAUGACAUCAAGCAAGCUAAAGCACAAUAUUUUAAACAGGCAUCUGACAUACAGAUUGUGGCGCUUGCCUUUACACCUUUUGGCAAAAAGCUGACCAAGAAGAAGAAUCUUCACCCUGAUACGUUUGUUCAGCUUGCACUUCAGCUGGCCUAUUACAGACUUCAUGGACGCCCUGGUUGCUGCUAUGAAACAGCUAUGACUAGAUAUUUUUAUCAUGGCCGAACAGAAACCAUGCGAUCAUGCACAAUGGAAGCUGUCAGGUGGUGUCAGUCCAUGCAGGAUCCUUCUUCCACUCGUCUUCACCAGCAGCAAACUAUGUUGCAAGCCUUUGCAACACAUAAUAAAACUAUGAAAGAUUGUUCUGCUGGAAAAGGAUUUGACCGUCAUCUUCUAGGUUUAUUACUUACAGCAAAAGAGGAAGGUCUCCCAGUUCCAGAACUCUUUACAGAUCCACUUUUCUCCAAAAGUGGAGGAGGAGGAAACUUUGUUCUCUCAACAAGUCUUAUUGGUUAUUUAAGAACCCUGGGAGUCGUAGUUCCUAUGGUACACAAUGGCUAUGGAUUUUUCUACAACAUUAGAGAUGACAAGUUUCUUCUGGCCUGCUCUGCCUGGAAAUCAUGUCCAGAAACUGAUGCAGCAGAACUUCUCCAACAGAUUUUUCAUGCUUUCCAUGAUAUGAUGCACCUGAUGAACAUUGCUCAUCUUUAGAUAAUCACUUAUUAAGCACUUAACAGAAUAGAUCAUUAAACUGAAUGCUACAGAAUGAGUUGGUAAAGUGAGAUAGGAAGGGAUGUUAACUUGAAUGAAACUAGCUAAAUGAUGAGAUUAGGAUAAUCAUGUUCUUUAAAUUCUGACAAAGUAGAAAUAUGUUUAAGCUUCUUCUGUUGCAGCAGCAAUGAAAAUUAUAACACCGAAUAAAGGACUAUGCAAAAUUUCAGAAAGCCUCAACAAUGCAAAUUUAACAAUGCAGGUCUCACUCUCUCUUUUUUUUUUUUUGCUGGUUCCUGUACAAGUUAUAAAUCCUCUCUCUGGACAUCAUUGUAGAGUCUCUCAAGCACUUUAACAUUUCUAGUUGCCAACGGGUAUAAAAUAAAUGUUUAGAUGCUAAUUUUGCUGAAAUCAAUGUUUCUUACCUAUACCACAAGGAUGCAAACCUGCUAAGUUUGGGAAAGACCACUAUAAUUUAAUGAUGCUCUGAAAUAAAUUUUCUGUUGAACAGACAGAAGAAAAAGGAUGUAAGGAGGUUUACAUUUUCUGGCAAAAAAAAAAAAUCCAUCAUACUGUAUUGUUGUAAUUAGCUUGAAUAUGUAAGCACUUAUAUGUAAAAUUAACGGUUAGGGACUUCAUGAUAAAUGUUAAAUAUUAAUUCUCAGGAUUUUGCAGUUUGUUAUUUUCUCCUCUUGUUCAAUUUUGUAGUUUCUAUUGAAAAAAUAAACUCUAAAAAUCA